CAAAGGACUUGUCAAUACUGAUGACGUCACGUACAACUUGAAAAAUGUUUUCUGCCGGUAUCAAAUUAGUGAAAUCUAGUUCGUUUUCUAGAAUGUUAAUAAUGGCAAAUGAGCACGGUACCCGGAUCUUCAGUAGAAAUGAUCACAAAAGGCAUCUGAGUGGUAUACCCGAUCCUGAUGUGUACGAUUCUUCGUGUGACCGGAUGCACAGCCAGUUCCUGAUGGAUGGACAACAGAUCCAUGUAGCGCAUCCUUGUCGCUCCAAGUUGGACAUAAUUGCCGAUAUUGCCAGGUCUGCGGAUCAAAAGGGUUGUGACGAUGCUUUCUACAUUGUCGAUCUCGGUGACCUUGUAAACAACUACCAACGUUGGCGGAGACUGCUGCCACGGGUGACGCCGUUCUACGCUGUCAAGUGUAAUGCUGAUCCAAUAUUUCUACGAGUUCUGUCCCAGCUUGGAGCGGGGUUCGACUGUGCAAGCAAGUGCGAGAUAGAGACUGUGUUACAGAUGGGCGUGGCCCCGGGCCGAGUUGUGUAUGCCAACCCAUGCAAGCAGACUUCCCAUCUUGAGUAUGCGGCAAGGAAUAACAUAGAUCUUAUGACCUUUGACAACGAGGCUGAACUCUAUAAGGUCAAGUCAACGUAUCCACAUGCACGACUCCUAAUUCGGAUUGUCCCCCCAGCUGGCAAUAAAGUUAUGUACGACCUCUCAGCCAAGUUUGGCUGCCACCCUGGUGACGUCAGCGACCUACUGCGGACAGCUAAAAACCUUGAUCUUGACGUUGUAGGAGUAAGUUUCCACGUGGGCAGCGGAGUAAAGGACCCGGAAGUGUUCGCCACGUCACUACAGAGAGCCAGCAGUGUGUUUGGGAUUGCAGCGAAGAUGGGAUUCACUCUUCAUACUCUUGACGUUGGCGGAGGUAUCUACGGACACAGAGGAGCACCAGUAUCUUUUGAAAAGGUUGCCACCGCCUUGAAUAGAUCUCUAGACGAGUUCUUUCCCGUGAGCUCCAAUGUCAAGGUCAUGGCAGAACCGGGGCGGUUCUUUGCAGCAUCGCCUUUCACCUUAGUGACAAGUGUGAUUGCAAAGAGAAAGUGCACGGCCGUCGUUGGGGAAAGAGAUCUAAAUGAGCUGAAGACUUUGGACCCGGAGAAGCCCCGUGACGUCACCCCAACAUAUAUGUAUUAUAUAAAUGACGGUGUCUAUGGAUCGUUAAGCUUCGUUCUCUCAGAAGACACUUGCAUGAUACCUACAUUAGUCAAGGUACCCGCUAGUGACGUGACCUUCACCUCCAGCCUGUGGGGUCCGACAUGUGACGGCAGUGACUGUGUCCUGAAGGAAGGGCCUCUCCCCGAGCUCCAGAUCGGGGACUGGUUCUACUUUGAGAACAUGGGCGCCUACUCUCUCAGUCUCCACUCACGAUUCAAUGGAAUGGCUGUACCUGAGGGUCAUUAUAUGUGCGAGGAAGAGAUCUGGGAAACGGUUUUGAAGGGAGCAAGACAGAUUGAUGGAUAUAAAUAAGAUCAUCUAGUUUCUCCUGAUUUCCAGUUGACCAAGCAUGGUGUUUGUAUCGGUUUGUCCUAUUUAGAGAAACACAUGUCACGUAGAGAUAUAAAUCAGUGUCCAUCUACCGCUCAACCAUACUUGAGGUUCAACACAAUAUACUUUAUAUAUGUCUCAGAUACAUGACCAAUUCAUUUUUAUGCAGCCCUAUCAGACAGUUUAUAAACUGGAAAGUAGAAAUUGGAUAACUAUCACGACAAGUGGAUGGCUUUGGAUGAAUGAUACCAUUAAUGUAUUUUAUCACGUGGAAGCUCAUA